AUGAUCGUGGUGUCCGUCCUCACCAUGACCUUUGCCACCAUGCCCAUCAUCACAAGGUGUCCCACCAUGACCAUGACCUCUCCUUCUCCUCCUCCUCCGCUCUCCUGUGAAGAUCUCUCUUGCCAGGAGAAGUGCCAGGUGGUGGACGGCCAACCCACCUGCAUCCACGAAGCCCCCUUGACCUGCUGGGCCACCGGUGACUCUCACUACCGGACCUUUGAUGGGAAAACCUUGCAUCUCAUGGGCACCUGCACUUACACCUUGACCAAGACCUGCCACCAGGAUCCCACCAUCCCCUUCUUCAGCGUAGAGGCCAAAAAUGAAGCCAGGGGCCACCUGGGAGUCUCCCAUGUGGACACUGUGACCGUCCACGUCUAUGACGUCACCGUGGAGGCCACCAGGGCCGAGAACGGCAUUGUGAGGGUGAACAACCGUCGCUCCCACCUCCCCAUCUCCUUGGCCCGGGGGAAGCUCCGCCUACGGCAGAAGGGCAGGUCCCUCUUGAUCCAGACCCACUUCCACCUGAAGGUCCUCUAUGACUGGGACCACCACCUGCUGGUCAAACUCCCCGGCGCCCUCUCGGCCAAAGUCUGCGGUUUGUGUGGCAACGGCGACCCCCGGGAUGACCACUUGGCCCAGGCCAACCUGACGGGGGACCUGGGUUGGGAGGCCACCAACCGGAGCCAGCCUUGCUGGGACAACUGCAGCGGUGGGGACUGCGGAGGUUGUCCAGGGGACGAGGGGAAGAAAUACGAGGGGGAAGAGUCUUGCGGGUUGAUGGCCCAACGGCCUGGACCUUUCGAGGGGUGUCACCACACCCUGGACCCCCAGGUCUACCUGAAGAACUGCGUCUACGACCUCUGCGUCAAUGAUGGUCUCCACGUCCUGCUCUGCCGGGCCCUGGAAGCCUACGCAGAUGACUGUCGGGAGGAGGGAACGGCCGUCUCCGAUUGGAGGACGUUGGUCAAUUGUCCCCUCUCCUGCCCCAAGAACAGCAACUACACCACCUGUGGCCCUGCCUGUCCCACCACCUGCAACCCCACCGCCGUCCCCACCGACUGCCCCACCUCGGCCUGCGUGGAGACCUGCUCCUGCCAGGAGGGCUUCGUCUUGGAGGCCAACCGGUGCGUCCCCCAGGAGCAGUGCGGCUGCCUCCACGAGGGCCUCCUCCACGGCCUCCACGAGGAGUUUUGGGGUGACACCACCUGCACCAAACGUUGCGUCUGCGACGGGACCUCCCAGAAUGCCCUGUGCCGAGAGGACAAGUGCCAGGAUGGAGAAGAAUGUCGGGUGGAGGAGGGCAUCCAAGGUUGUUACCCCAAGAGCCACGGGACCUGCUCGGCCGUGGGCGCCACCCACUACGAGACCUUCGACGGCGGGAGGUUCGUCUUCCAGGGCACCUGCAUCUACCAGAUGGUGGGGUUGUGCGAGAAGACCCCAGGCCUGGUGGACUUCCAGGUGUUGGUGCAGAACGGCCGCCGGGAUGAGGAACCACCGGCCUCCAUCGCUCUGGUGGUGGUCAAAGUCUACGGCAAAACCAUCAGCAUCAACCGGAAACACCCCGGCAAAAUCACAGUCAACGGCCGGUUGGCCAACCUGCCCUACGGCCGCCGGGGUGGAAGGGUCUCCGUCUCCCGGGGGCCCGGGGGGGACACGGUGGUGGAGACCGACUUUGGGUUGGCCGUGUCCUACGAUGGGCGGAGCCGCCUGGUGGCCACCGUCCCCACCACCUACGCCGGCGCCCUCUGUGGCCUCUGCGGCAACUACAACGGCCAGGAGGAGGACGAGAUGAUGACCAAGAGCGGCCAGGUCACCUCUGACCCCACCACCCUGGGGGGCAGCUGGAAGGUCACCGCCGUCCCCGGUUGUGGGGAGACCUCCACCUUGGAAUGUCCCACCAGCACCAUGGAAGCUCUAGGUCAGCAGGAGGUCUCCUCCAAGGGUUGCGGCAUCAUCCGAGAAGAAGGUGGACCCUUCGGAGCUUGCCACGCUCUGGUGGACCCCCAAAAGUACUUCCAAAGCUGCCUCCAUGACCUUUGCCUCUUCCCAGAUGGGGAAGGGGUGAGGUGUCCCCUCAUCGCCCGCUACGCCGAGGUCUGCCAGGCCGCCGGCGUCGCCGUGGGGAGGUGGAGGACGGAGGACUUCUGCCGUUUUCCGUGUCCCCCCAACAGCCACUACGAGCCCUGCUCCCGGGGCUGCGGCCGGAGCUGCCGGAGCCUUUUUUCCCCGGAAAAAUGCCAGGAAAGGUGUCGGGAAGGUUGCGCCUGCGACGGGGGCUUGGUCCUCAGCGGCGACACCUGCGUCCCCCUCUCCCGCUGCGGGUGCCACCAAGGGGACUUCUACUACCAAGCGGAGGAGACCUUCUUGGCCACCAAGGAGGAGAUGUGUCGGUGCCGGGCGGGGGGCGCCCUGGAAUGUCAAGAGGCUUCGUGUCCUGGAGGUGGAGAAGGGCAAGUCAUCGAGGGCGUCUUCCAGUGCUCCUCGGCCGCCCUGGGGACCUGCUUGGUCACCGGGGACCGUAGCUACGUCUCCUUCGACGGGGUGGCCUUCAACUUCUCGGGGACCUGCUCUUACGUCCUGAGCGAGACCUGCGGGGGAGGGGAGGGCGGCCAACCCUUCGCGGUGAAAAUGGAGAAGGAGGCCCGGCAGAAGAAGAAGGUCUCCGGCAUCCAGGAGUUGUCCCUGGAAGUCUACGGGCUCACCUUGAGCUUGACGCGAGGCAAGAGGGGACACGUCAUGGUGGACUCCAUAUCCCACCACCUCCCGGUCACCCUGAGCCAGGGCCGGGUCUGGGUGCACCAACACGGGAUAGACGUCCUUCUUCAGACCGACUUCGGCCUCGUCGUACGCUACGACCUCCUCCACCACGUGACGGUCACCGUCCCGCAGAGCUACCAGGGCCACCUCUGCGGGCUCUGUGGCAACUACAAUGGGCAACAGGACGAUGACUUCCUCCUCCCCGGUGGCCAACUGGCCCCCAACGCGGUGGCCUUUGGCUCCGCCUGGAAAACAUCCGAAGCUCCUUGCAGCGAUGACUGUUCCCAGGAGGACUGUCCCGUCUGCAGCGAGGAGAAGAAGGUGGUCCUCCAGAAAUCCAACUACUGUGGCCUCCUCACCGUCCCAGAAGGUCCCUUUGGCUCCUGCCACCACCUCAUCGACCCCACCUUGUACUUCCAAACCUGCCUCCACGACCUCUGCCUGGCCGAAGGGGACACCCAGGUCCUCUGCCAGAGCAUCCAGAGCUACGCCACCGCCUGCCAAGAUGCUGGUGGCAUCAUUGGGGCUUGGAGAAGACCUUCCUUCUGCCCCCUCAGGUGCCCGGCCAACAGCACCUACUCCCUCUGCACCAACCUCUGCCCCAAGAGCUGCGCGGGGCUGGUAGACCCUUCCAAAUGUCCCCAACCCUGCCUGGAAGGCUGCGAGUGCCACCAAGGGUUGGUCUUCGAUGGCUUGGGCUGCGUUCCCCAGGAGGAGUGCGGAUGCUUCGGGGACGGGGAGUAUCACAAGCCCCACGAGUGGAUCCUGAGGGACAACUGCCAACAACGUUGCACCUGUGUCCCCGGCGAGGGCUUGACCUGCAGCGGCCACAACUGCACCGAGGACGAGACCUGCGAGAUCCGGGAGGGGGUCUUGGGCUGCAUCAAUCAAAAUCCCUGCAAAGCCCUUCGGUGCCGGUCCAAGGAGAGGUGCAAGUUUAAGGACGGCCAAGCCAAGUGCGUCCCAUCCCUGGUUGCCACCUGCUGGGCUUGGGGGGACCCCCACUACCACACCUUCGACGGCCUGGACUUCGACUUCCAAGGCACCUGCACCUACACCAUGGCCGAAUCCCACGGGAACGACACCAGCCUGGUGCCCUUCAAGGUGGAGGGCAAGAACGACGUCCGAGGUGGGGUGAAAAGCGUCUCCUACGUCAGCUUGGCCAAGGUCAAGGUCUACGGCCAAGAGAUCACCAUCCGCCGGAGGGAAGUGGGCAAAGUCAGGGUGAACGGGGUGGUGACGCUGCUGCCGGUGACCCUGGAGGAAGGGAAGGUGCGGGUGACCCAGAGCGGGCUCAGCGCCGUGGUGGAGACAGAUUUCGGGCUGCGGGUCACCUACGACUGGAACUGGCACCUCCUCCUCGACCUCCCCAGCAGCUACUACCGACACGUCCGUGGCCUCUGCGGCAACUUCAACCUCAAGCCCGAGGAUGACGGCCCUCAGGGUGGAAAUGACCACCCACAAGGUGGCCACGACCUCCCCCAGGGUGGCCAAGACCUCCCAGCCGUGGUGGCCUGGGCCCAAAACUGGAAAGCCCCCGAGGAGGACGACCCCUUUUGCUGGGAUUAUUGUGAAGGCGACUGCCCCUUCUGCGAGGAGGAGGAGAAGGAGCUCUACGGGGGCAACCAGUUCUGCGGCCUCAUCAAAAAGGGCUACCAGGGGCCCUUCCAAGGUUGCCACCACCUCGUCCCACCCCGGGAUUUCUACCGCAACUGCCUCUACGACGUCUGCAUGAGCAAAGGGGCCAAGCAGAUCCUCUGCAAGGUGCUGGAGUCCUACGCCGCCACGUGCAGGAAGCAGGGGGCCGUGGUGCACGACUGGAGGACGCCCUCGGGAUGCCGUAAGAGGAGGGGAGGGCUGAGGACCUGCGCCUGCGACCCGGGACACCUCCUCAGCGGUGGCCGUUGCCUGCCGGCCUCCGACUGCGGCUGCGGCCACCGAGGUGGCUACCAACCCCCCGGGGAGGACUUCUGGGCGGACGAGACCUGCCGCACUCGCUGCAGGUGUGAGGGGGCCCUGGGCAUGGUGGUGUGUCGGGAGAGCAGCUGCAAAGCCGGCGAGAAGUGCGCCCUGGUGCGAGGGGUGCGGCGGUGCGUGGCCACCGGCCGGGCCACCUGCGUGGCCACCGGCGACCCCCACUACACCACCUUCGACGGCCGCCGCUACGACUUCAUGGGCACCUGCCUCUACCAGUUGGCCGCCCUCUGCUCCUCAGCUGACCCCGGGCUGGUCCCCUUCGCCGUCAACGUGGAGAACGACCACCGGGGCAACAAAGCCGUCUCCUACACCAGGGAGGUCACCUUGAAGGUCUACAACAUGACCCUCAGCCUCAGCAAGGAGCACCCCCAGAAGCUCAAGGUGGACGGCAUCCUGGUGGACCUCCCUUUUAACCACGGCGAGAAGCUCCGGGUCUUCAUCAAGGGAGUCCACGGCUUCAUCAAGACCGACUUUGACUUGACCGUCACCUUCGACUGGUACAGCUACGCCCGCGUCAUCCUCCCCACCACCUACGCCGGGGCCGUCUGCGGCCUCUGUGGCGACGCCGAUGGUGACCCCGGCGAUGACCUUGCCCUCCCCAACGGGACGUUGGCCACCGACGAGCUCCAGUUCGCCCGGUCCUGGAAGGUGGCCGACCUCCCGG